CCAUCACAUACCGGAUAUAAACAAGGGGACUAUAUUCAUGGGUACGUCACCAUUGAAAAUCAGUUCAACGACCAAUACCAUUUGAUAUAGUCUACGUUGCUUUCGAAGGUAUGCUCUGUGUGGUUCAGCUGGGAAAUGGCACGAAAGACUCUCUUAAUCCACCCACGGUUGCCAGAUUCUUAAAUAUGCUCGACUUGUUCGCAUCCUGGUCUUAUGCAAACAUAGACCGUCUUGUUACUGACAGUGGAGGCCCUCAUGAUUGGUGUGAAUACGAUACAGAUCCAUGGGAUAACACACAACUAUCAAUUGAUGUUAAGAGGCUGUUUCUGCCUCAUACCACCUCAUUCGCCAUCAGCGAAGGACACCUUGACCAGCCGGCCGUCAGCCGCAAGACAAACAGCAAGUUUAUGUGGAGUGACCAUUCCCACCCAAAACCACCCAUUUGCAGCUGCUUUGGGUGCCCCAUGAAUUCCCGACAAAUCACACAAGAGGAAACUUGCUGAGUGCCGCAGUAGACCUGGUGACCAGCGGAAAAAGCUACUCCAUCUGGCUGAUGCCCCGAAGCGCUGCAGCCCGGCCGGAGAGGCGCCUGAAUUUGAGCGUCUACUUCAGCAAGCCUGGCCAUCUGGCCAUGCAUAUUUUAGUGCUGAACAUCUGGCCAUGCAUA